AUGCGGCCGCUGACUGAAGACGAGAGCAAAGCCGUAUUCACAAAACUCGCAAACUACAUUGGCAAAAACCUGGUCCAUUUGAUCGACAGGCCAGACGAGACUUACUGCUUCAGACUGCACAGAGACCGUGUUUACUAUGUCCCAGAACGUGCAAUGCGUCUAGCCGCGUCCGUCGCCCGUCCAAAUCUCGUCUCCCUCGGCACCUGCUUUGGCAAAUUUUCAAAAAGUGGCAAGUUCAAGCUACACAUCACUGCACUCGACUAUCUCGCACAAUAUGCAAAGUACAAGAUUUGGAUCAAGCCAAACGGUGAAAUGCCGUUCCUCUACGGCAACCAUGUUGUCAAAGCCCAUCUCGGAAGGAUCACAGAGGACACUCCCGAACACCAAGGCGUCGUCGUAUUCAGCAUGAACGACACACCGCUUGGAUUUGGUGUCACAGCUCGCUCUACGGUGGACACACGAAAACUGGAUCCAACUGCUAUCAUCGUCUUUCAUCAAGCCGACGUCGGCGAAUAUUUGCGAGACGAAGAGACUUUGUUCUGA